AUGAAAAAUUGGAUGAAGAAAAGAAAAAAUAUAAGAGAAAAAAAGAAACAUAUAAGAGGAUUAUUUCUAAUUUACAAAAAAAAUUAGAAAAUAGAAAUUCUACUAUUAAAGAAUUAGUUGAGCGUUAUGUUUAUUUUAAUGCACAUUUUGGCAAAUCAUUUGAGAUUUGUCAAAGUUUAUAUGAACUAGAUGUUUUAAAUAAAGUUAAUGAAUCAGUUAAUACUGAUUUAGAAGUUUAUCAAAAAGAAGAAGAAAAAGUUCAACAAGAAAAAGUUAUUUAUCAACAAGAAGAAGAAACUGAUGAUGAAUUAGAUUUUGAUCCAGAUGAAGAAUGGUUAAAAUAUUUAGAAACUGAUAAAUAUUA